AUGACAACAACAAAUCUUUCGUUGCCAUCUCCCACUACUAUGAACUCUGGAAAAGGAAUUUUCAUUCGUUGCCGUAUUUGCAAAGAAAGAAGUGAUGGAGCUCAUUUCGGGAUUGAUUCAUGUCGAGCAUGUGCAGCUUUUUUCAGAAGAUCAAUGUCUUUGAAGAAAAGUUACACAUGUAGGAGAGGUGGUGACAACUGUGACAUUAGGCGAAAAGAUAUAGCUACGUGUAGGAAGUGUCGUCUGAAGAAAUGCAUAGAGGCAGGAAUGGCACUAGAGAAUAUUCAAAGCCAGAAAGGAUCUGCUGCCUCUCCUUGUCCUUCGGAUUUGCCAUCUCCAAAUGUCCCUACCAGCAGUACUCAUGAUUUUGAGGAAAAACAGACCAUCCCGCAUCCUCAAUCUUCUGUAUACAUCACAAAUAUUCCGAGUUCAUAUACAUUUUUCACUGAUGAUGCCGCAAAAAAUUACCUCCAGUUCUUAGCUAGUCAUCACAAGCAACUUUGCAUCGACCGAAGAGCUGUAGAAUACUCGUUGGGCUUAUGUUUCAGUGCUGAAGACAGAAAACAAGCUUAUUAUGAUUUUCUGCCGAGCAAGAAUAGCAAGUGCACUCAGAUUUUUAUAGCUCACGCAUCUGCUGUGAAUACCUUUGUUAGCUCAGUCUUUCCAGAAGCAGAACAGUUACCAGAAGAAGAAAAAGUCAAAGUAUGUAAAUCGUUUGUGUUUGCUGUAUGGAACAUGGAGGCUCAUUAUAGGACCAUACAGAAAUUUCCAUAUCAUCCAGAUUGCAGAUUUCUCGCCAUAACUGAAACCACUUACAUUGACAAUGAAAACAUUGUGGAUUUCCUACCAGCAUCAGUUGAUGAGAGCAAAAGGAUAUCCGUCGCAAAUUCGUUGAAAGUGUAUCAUAAACCUUGCCCACAGUUUCAAGACGCUCUACGAGCGUUAGCUUUGUGCGAUGUAGAAUACAUGACUCUUAUCGGAUUAUGUUUUUGGAACCCAACUCUUCAACUGUCCCCGGAAGGUGCUAAAGUAGCAGCUCAUUGUCGUCGGAAAGUGUUCCACAGUUUCCAAAACUAUCAUUUACAGAGAGGGACCGACAAUUUCGCUGUUCGAUUAGGAGAAAUUAUGAGUGUCUUCUCAUUUUUCUUAGAGUCUCUAACAUGUGUCGGCGAGGUUAUGGAAUUAUUGAAUCUAUUCGAUUGCUUCGGAGACGAAAAAAAUAUGAUUGCUUGCUUUCGAGAAGGAAUUAAUCUAUAA